AUGAAAAAUCAAAAAACAACUAUUAAUUCAGCUAUAUAUGAUUCUAUUUUAUUGAGUGAUGUCAAUGAAGUUAUCUCAAACAUAACAGAAAGAAUAACAGAUAUUACGAAAAAUGAACAUAGUUUUUUGAAACGAUGUAAAAAAUAUUUUUCCUAUACACCAGCUAAAGAAAUAAAGUUAGAAAAUCCUGAUCAGAUAGCAUACUAUAUGCCAAUACAGUGCAGUAUUCAACAAAUGUUAAAAAAACCUGAUGUUUUAACUAUGCUGAUCAAAAAUUUUAAUGAAAAUGUCAAUCGUAAUAUCAUGGAUACAGAUUUGAUGUUCAGUUUUCGUCAUCGAUUACUUGGGAAACAACAUACAGUAUUGAAAAAUAAACCUGAUGCAUUACUACUUCAACAAUAUAUAGACGAUAUCGGCUUGACCAACCCAAUAGUGACCAGUUUGAAUAAUAAUGUAACCUUACAUGAUGUUGUCGGUACACGUCCAUUAGUAAAUCUGAUAGGUUUUCAUGCUGUAAGUUCUUUACCCAAUGACCCUAUGCACGAUUUUAAUGAGGGUGUUUGUGGUCAAUUACUAAUGGCUAUGUUGAAAGAAGCUUCAACAAAAAGACUCCUUACAUAUGGUGACAUUGAAAAUCGAUUGUUAGCGUUCGUAUAUGGUGAUAAUGAUAAGCCCAACAAGCCACCAAUUUUACGAAAGAAACAUUUAAAAAAAGGGAAAAUUGUUGGUACAGCAUCACAGAAGAUGCUAUUUUUUAAGUUAUUCCCUAUCAUCUUUUAUGAUUUGAUUGACCAAUUAGAAACAAAAGAGAUUUACAUAUGUUUACGAGAGAUUGUAAGUUUAGUUUUCGCUUGUCCAUUUCGUAAAUCUUGGUUGUCAUAUUUACAUUCAUUAUGUAUUCGUUUUCAAUGUUUAAUGGUUCAUCUAUUACCGCAUAUGGUGACUCCAAAGAUACACUUUGUGACUGAUUAUGCAAAGCAGAUCGAAAUGAAUGGUCCAGCUAUCAGACAUUGGUGCAUGCGUUUUGAAUCGAAGCAUCAGAUAUUCAAACGACUUGCUGUGAAGUCUAAUAAUUUCAAAAAUAUUCUAUAUACAUUAUCGAAACGCAAUCAAUUACAUCAAUGUCUUCUUUUAUCUUUUUCAAACUAUUAUACAAUUGUUAAUGAAGGUUAUUCAGUAUCUGAACGAGAUUUAUGCACAUUACCAAUUGAUAUUCGCGAAGAUAUUGAUGGUGAAACACUCUUUAAUUUACCACAAUCCAUGAUGUACGAAAUAAUUAAACCUAUGAAAGAUCGUGUACUUUUUUUAACUGAACAUCGCAAUUUAUUUGAUCAAUCAAAAUCUGAAAAAUAUAGUCAUAUUUCAUCAGAUGAUCCUGUAUUAGAUUCUGCAACAACUUCAGAUAGUAUACAUAAAGAAGUAAUUAUAUCGUCAAAAGAAGAUGAAAAUAAAGAAAAUGAUGUGGAUGAUGAAGAACCGACAUUACCAUCUCCUUAUAUUAUACUAGAUUUACCAUUAAGAAUUCAACAAAUUAUUGAUAAAGGUGAAAUAGGUGAAUUCCGUAGUCACACAAAUGCACGUCGACUUUUACUUGAUACAAUUUUUAAUGAUGUGACAACCAAAUAUUCGCUGUUGUAUCCUACUAGAGAUCAUUACAGAUUAAUGGGCAAAGCAAUACUAAAAAAAUUAAACACUUCUAAAGAUAAUGAAGCAUUGAAUGAUUGGAUUGAAAGUCUUAAAACCAAGUUUAAGAGAGAAGGUUGUCCGCUUCAACAAAUAUCUGUACAAGUACAGAAGAUGAAAGCGAUGUAUGGAAAUAGUGCUGGUCGUCCAAUCAAACAAAGUGAGAAUGUUAUUGCACCUCGUCGAAUACCUCCGGUUCAAUUUUAG